CUCAAGUUCAUGCGCAGGGGAAGAGCUGCUUCUGGCACAGACUGCCAUUACAGGGCAAAGCACUGCUGUAGCAGGAUCGUGUACUGUGCUGUGGACUGCGAGAUUAGAUAUGUUUUCAAAUUCAUUGCUUAGAACUGGAUUAUUUUUAUGCAGGCAGGACAACAGUGGAAUAAAAUGCCUGACAUCCGUAUUCCUCAGCGCUGGGACUCGGACAACCAGCACACUGAUAGGUGGUGAUAAACAAAAAACCAUGGACGACUUGGAUGGUCCUAGCUUUCUGACAUCACUGUACUGGCUUUUUGGAAAAGGUUAUUUUCAAACGACACAUCAAAUGCAGAUAGAGCACAGCAAAAUCUACGGCCCACUUUGGAAGUCCAAAUAUGGACCAUUGGUUGUUGUUAAUGUGGCCAGUGCAGACCUCAUAGAACAGGUUCUGCGGCAAGAGGGUCGCCAUCCCAUCCGCACUGACAUGCCCCACUGGAGAGGCUACCGGAAACUCCGGAAUCAUGCCUAUGGACCCCUCACAGAAAUGGGAGCAGAAUGGCAGCGCAUCAGAAGCAUUCUGAAUCCUCGCAUGCUGAAGCCCAAACACGUGUCCUCCUACACUAAUGCCAUUAAUGCCGUGGUCAGCGACUUUAUUGAGAAGGUGGCUAAGCUUAAGACAACAAAAGGCAAUGACGUUAUGGUGUAUGACCUGGCAGGAGAAUUGUACAAGUUCGCCUUUGAAGGAAUAUGCUCAGUGUUAUUUGAAACUCGUAUGGGGUGUCUGAAUGAUGAGGUUCCUGAAGAAACACAGAAGUUUAUCUUCUCUGUGGGGGAAAUGUUCCGGCUUUCUCCCAUCGUGAUCCUGUUUCCCAAAUCUCUCUGGCCCUACAUGCCUUUUUGGAAGCAUUUUGUGGCUGUUUGGGACCAUUUGUUCAAAGUUGCGGAUGAACUGGUGCAGAAGAAGAUGACAGAGAUUCAGGAAAUGGUGAAACACGGGCAGCCAGUGGAGGGCGAGUAUCUCACACACCUCCUGAUCAGUGAACAGAUGUCCAUCACUGAGGUUUUGGGAAGCAUUACAGAGCUUCUUCUGGCUGGAGUCGACACUACUUCAAAUACUAUUUCUUGGGCGCUAUAUCACUUGGCACGGGAGCCAGAGAUCCAGCAGAAGCUGCAUGAGGAGGUGAUCAGCGUCUGCCCGGGUGACAAGGUGCCCUGCAGUGAUGACAUCAUGAGGAUGCCAUUGCUAAAGGCCGUCGUUAGAGAGACUCUUCGGUUAUAUCCAGUGGUUCCUGGGAAUGCUCGUGUCGUUGCUGAAAAUGAAAUAGUGGUUGGUGGCCAUCUGUUCCCUAAAAAUACUCUGUUCCACCUCUGCCACUUCGCGGUGUCCUAUGAUGAGAAGGUGUUCCCCAAUCCUUCUGCUUUUCUCCCCCAGCGAUGGGUCCGGGGGCAAAAGCAGUUAAACCAGCACCCCUUUGGAUCUUUGCCGUUUGGCUUCGGCAUUCGGGCCUGCCUGGGCCGCAGAGUGGCUGAAUUGGAGAUGUACCUCCUCUUGUCCCAGUUAAUUAAACGCUAUGAAGUGCGCCCAGACCCUUCAGGAAGGACUGUGAAGCCGAUCACACGAACUCUGCUGGUCCCUGCCACAUCUAUAGACCUUCAGUUUAUUGAUAGGUAAAAAGAGCAAGAGGAACCAGUCAAAGCAAAAUGCUUCUGUAUAAAUAACUGUGCACUUCUCAAGCAUUGUGCCUCUAGAUGAUGAUGUUUGCAUAUUUGAUAUGACAGAUACUGUACGAUUUAAAAAUAUAACUACAAUGCGCAUUGCUGACUAAAUUACAUGGCUUUACUGCUGCCUUUUUCAGGACUUCUUUGCCUGGUUUCACAGACAAGGCUUAAGCUGCUCCAAGACUAAAAUGCAUGUUGAGCUGUCUUAACUGAAAGCAACUUGAACUGAUAUAUCUUAGAAUAUAUCAGUGUCAUUGUUUUGUCUCAAGAUGCACACCAGUAAUGUUUUUUUUUCUUUUUUCUAUGGCAUGUUUUUAAAAAAAAAAGCCACUUAAAUGUGAUCAUUUAACUAAGGUCUAAUCCUGGCUUAAUCUAAGCCGUCUGUGAAACCAGGCCUUUAUUUAUAAUAAACAAAGACUUAUUUUACUGUUAUACUUAAAUACUGUAAAUAUAAUAUAAUUUUUUAACAUUACAUUGUAUAAAUAUUUUUUAAUAAUUGAAUGUGGAUUAAUUUGUCAGAUAUAAAAAAUAUCAGAUACCUUUUACAAAUAAUGUGAUUAUUUUUUAUUUUAUUUUUUUUGUUAAUGCACCUUAAUUUUUGUAAUUGUAUUGUUUUAUAUUUAGAAGAAAAUAAUAUUACAGUUUAAUAUAUCUAACUUCAGCUUACAUUGUCCUUGCUGGUAAGAAUAAUAUUCAUAUUAAACAUGUUGCAACACCUGUCCAGUGUUUGCAUGAAAUCCUUCUCUGUUUAGAUAUGGUAGAAAACUCCACUGAUGCCCCCUUGUGGGUGAGACUUGUAAAUGCAAGAAAAUUAAAAAAUCCAUCCUAA